AUGAGAGAGGCUGCCCUCCUGUUGGUACUUUUUGUAGCAUGUUCGGCCUCCCAUCUCAAAUUCGAAUCUCUUCCGAAAACAUUGAAGUUAACGUCGGCGUCAACAUCCCAGCUUCGAGCCAGUUAUUUGGCUAAACUGAACGCUGUUCUUCUCGGACUUUCAACUGUUCCAGUGCCAGGAUUUGACGUCGAGUCUGACCUGUUCUCUCUUCCCCGAGCUAUUGCAGUUGUUCAUAUUGAGGGCCUGGAUGCGCUGAAAAAAGACGAUUCUAAGGCAUACAAACUAGAGGAUGAUUACCUGGACCUGUCUUCUCUUGACGAGCAGUUAGCGAGCACCUUCGGGGUCGAUCGGGAAUUCGUAACGGCGGACAAGGAAGGAAUUACCGGUUCGGAUAUUGCUCGAAUUGCCAGUGAACAAAAGGUAGAAGAAAAAAUAAAAACAAAACUGCCUGAUCUCCGCGAUGAACUCCAGCAAAUGUAUCGUAUAGCUAAUGCAAUUACUUCACAACAAACCAAGUUUGAGAAAUCCAAUGCUGCUGAUGUAUAUCGUGUGACGAUUAGAGGUAUAAAUGGGAAGAAACUGACUGAAGAGGACCGAAAUAAUAUUCAAGACGCUAUCGACAAGCUCAAAAAGGCUCUUUCAACUGUAUAUGGUGACCAAGUGAUUGUCGAGAUUGUGACCAUUUCGAAUCCCAUAAAACACGCAGAACGACAUCAUGAACAGGAAACCGUAGUGCGCAGAAAAAGGGCUGCCGAGUUGUCCGAUACCGACAAUAAUCUGAAGACAUGGCGUGAACAACUGAAUGUGUAUGUCUUCACCUCCACUGAUUAUCCCGCCAUAUUUGCAAUCUUUGCUGGUUUGACUAUAGUAUUGGCUUUGGCGGUCCUCUAUACCGUGGUUGGAAUGAUGAGCAUGGAUCCAAGACAAAAACAAUGUUGCAAAAAGACGAUCUCCAGUGUUAAACAGAACCCCAUCAAGGCGCAAAGUGACCAACAAGUUAUUUCUAAAGGGCCCCUCAACGGGGACCGACGAAAUCUCAGCGGCUCCAAGGAUGCUGUAGUGAAGCCUCUAGGCGUUACGAACAUAAAACGAUGCCCUGAUAGUUGGUUACGGUUCCGGGAAUCAUGUUACUAUAUGGAACGAAAGCGGAUGGAUAUGACUGAGGCAGAAGCGAACUGUCAUCAGAAAGGAGCAUCAUUGUUUGUGGCGAAUACAGUAGAGGAAUUUGACCUCGUAAUGAGAUCGUCGUUGCUGAAUUUCUGGUCAUGGAUAGGUAUGGUACAGUUUGAGUUCAUGAAUCAACCAAUCUGGCAGUCAAGUGGUGGAAUUGAACCGUCGAAAUUGAAAUGGCUCGUUUCUCCGUACAGCUCCGGAUUGAACGGAUAUACAGCAGCAUCCGAAUGUGUUGCGUAUUACAACUCUGAGUUGAAGAUCGCUUCCUAUAACUACUUUUACCCUUGUCAGCUUCAAUUUGGAUCAAUUUGUGAGCGAAACGCUUCGGUGAUAAGCUUUUCAUCCAAUCAAUAA